AUGACCGAACAACCAAAUUAUGAGGAAGAUUUGCUAGCGGAUCUUCAAAGUGGCUCUGAAGAUGAGCUAGAUUUGAAGGAAACCGAGAAAUCUGUUUCUGAUGUCCCACAAACUGCAUUUAAUGGAGAGAACUGGCAGGACCUACUAAGUGCUUCCCAUCUACACAAUGUGGGGCAUAAACUAGAACAACUAGAUGUGGCGAAUGUUAAGGAUCCCGAUGAGCUAACCUCAGUGAGAAGAUUGAUUCCACAAAUACGAGAACAGUUGAAAACGUAUUCCAAUGAACAUGAGACUGACUACAUGGAGUUGUUAGCCUCCGUGAACGACGAGAAUCAAAGUGAGGAAUUCAAAUUUCUAAUGUCACUUAGUGAGUUGCCUACUGUCAUUCACGAUGAAAUCAGUCUUCUUCAUAGAUUUGUCAGAACACAAUAUAGAGUGGUCUUUGGCGAGCUUGAGUCGCUAGUGCCCAGUCCUGUGGACUAUUGUCGUGUGGUACUUCUAGUGGGACAGGAACUUUCAGAUAUCCGAAGCAAAGAGCCCGAGCUCCAAAAGAUUGUCUCGAACGCUAAGGUUCUAGCUAUCUCAAUGGGUGCGUUGGAAAACUUCACGCGCCUGUUUUAUUUGAAUGACGCUGAUAUGCUCUACAUCAAGAAAGCAUGUAAAAUUGCAAUUGAACUCAGCGAGUUUAUCAAAGAAGUCUCAGAUUUUGUCUCAAGCAAGCUUUCAAAGUUUGCCCCCAAUGUCAACAACCUAGUUGGUGCUGUCGUCACCUCUCAACUAUUAAUAAGUGUCGGCUCACUACGACAAUUGGCUCUCACGCCAGCUUGCAAUCUACCGUCUUUUGGUGUAAAAGACCUUCUGUCUCAGCUUAAAAGAAGAUCAAAUUUUGUCAGAGCAACAGGCUACUUGUUCUAUAGUGACUUGGUGGUGGGUCUCCCACCGGAAGUCAUAAACCAGGCACUUAGGAUUAUCAGUGGCAAGAUUGUUCUUGCCGCCCGUAUUGAUCUUUCAGGAUCCAAACCGGACGGUAGUUUAGGCUCUGCUUACCUUCAAGAAGUCAAGCAAAAGAUAGACAAGCUUCUCACUCCUCCUGACAGAGCAGCACCCAAGGCGUUGCCAGCACCUAAAGAGCAAAAAGCAAACAGAAACACUGAUGCUCGUUUGUCAAAGGCUAUGGUUAACCGACUUAACCAACAGAAGGAAAAAUCCAAUGACCUAGACACGAUAGUAUUCGCUAGAGAUGAUGAGGAAGCUGAGAAGAAUGACAAGUCUAAGCGCGAAAGAAGCUCUUGGUUUUCUGGAAUUAAGCGGAAUCGAUUCGCUGACUUGGAUCUGGAUGAGGAGGACACCAAAAGACAAAAAAGUUGA